UGUACAUUGUGCACGCAGCGCGCUGCUGAGGAAAUACGCCGCGCGCUCGCGCUCGCGCUCGCGCUCCACAGCGCCAAUGUGCGGUGUGACGUCACUCCGCCCGAGAUGAGGGCGAUCACUCCCAGCAGCAUCUCCCACUAAUGCGCGCUCUACGAGGACUCUGCUGAAGCGUGUGACCAGCGCCAAUAACAACAUCAGUAGCGUGGAAUGUGACUAGGCGACAUUGCAGCUUAAUUGUAGCCCUUUUGUUGUCUUAAGUUGAGAGUAAACGCUGUCACAGGGAGAAGUGGCGUGCUGAAAUCGCUUCAGUCAGCGCGAGGACAGCCCGGGCUUUCCAUUGCUCAAGGAUCUGAUGCCAGUUUACGGAGACAAUGCUGAGGGCUGGUUUUUUUUAACCCUUAAUUGGGGUUAAUCUUAUUUCGGGUGCUUUUGUCGAACUUCGACAGCAGUAUUGCUGAAACACUGCCUCGGAUUAUUGGAUGUUAAUUCUUUCCGCACAAUGAGCGUACCUCAUCAGCAGAGCUGUUAUGGCAGCGAGCACAGCCCUGGACCUAUCCGCUGCUUUCGCUGCAGAGAGGUUUGUAAAGGGGAGGUUGUGCGAGUGCAGAGCAUCCACUUCCACGUCAAAUGUUUCACCUGCCAAGUGUGUGGCUGUAACUUGGCCCGUUCCGGAUUUUUCCAGAAGAAGGGCGAGUACAUAUGCACAGCAGACUACCAGCGUCUAUACGGCACAAAGUGCGACAGCUGUGGGGACUUCAUCACAGGAGAAGUGGUAUCAGCGCUGGGCCACACAUAUCACCCAAAGUGCUUCGUUUGCAGUGUCUGCAGAAAACCCUUUCCAAUUGGAGACAGAGUCACAUUCAGUGGUAAGGAGUGUGUAUGUCAGCAGUGCUCCCACAAGCUUGUUGCUUCAAAUGAGCCGAUUAAGAUUCAUGGACCCAGUCACUGUGCAGGCUGUAAGGAGGAGAUCAAGCAGGGCCAGUCCCUCCUGGCAUUGGAGAAACAGUGGCACGUCAGCUGCUUUAAGUGCCAGACCUGCGGUAUUGUUCUCACUGGAGAGUACAUAAGCAAAGAUGGGAUCCCAUACUGUGAAUCAGAUUACCACGCCCAGUUUGGGAUAAAGUGUGAGACCUGCAGCCGAUACAUCAGUGGACGAGUACUAGAGGCUGGAGGGAAGCACUAUCACCCUACGUGUGCUCGCUGUGCCCGGUGUCAGAUGAUGUUUACAGAAGGAGAGGAGAUGUACCUGACAGGUUCUGAGGUUUGGCAUCCUGCGUGUAAGCAGGCGGCUCGAGCAGAGAGGAAGCUCAGAGUGCGACGCAUGUCAGAGACAUCCAUCUCACCCCCAGGAUCCAGCAUCAGUUCACCCAGCCGAGUCAUCUGUGCCAGAGUGGAGAAUGAGAUCCUAGAGUACAAAGAUCUGGCCGCACUGCCUAAGGUUAAGGCCAUUUACGAUCUGCAGAGGCCUGAAUUCUUAUCCUAUGAGCCAUAUUACAGGUUCUACUCGGACGAAAGGCUAGAGCGCCUCAGCUUCGGCGAGUCGCUGGGCACACUCUCCCCUUAUUCUCAGGACAUGUAUGACACUUUGGAUCUGAGGCAGCGGAGGUCGUCCAGUCCUGGCUAUAUCGAUUCUCCUACCUACAGCAGGCAGAGCAUGUCCCCUGUGCUGCCCCGCUCUCCACAGCACUACUACCGAUAUGGCACUGAAAGUGGCAGGAGCUCACCCUAUUACCCGCAGCUGGAGGCCAGGUCCAGCACACCCACUACGAAUCAAGCGCCGAAGCAUUUCCAUGUGCCAGCAACAGGAGACCCUAACAUCUACCGGAAGCCUCCCAUCUAUAAGAGACAUGACAAUCACGAUGCAGCCACAAAGAGCAAGACCAGCGAAGAUAUCCUCCAGUCAUCCAGAUUCUCAACAGCCUACUCACCCGAGCACUACCAGCACUCCCAGUCCAAUUACUUCCAAAGUCCUGGCUCCCCUAAAUCUUUACGUAUUCCACGAAGAAGAUUCUCAUCAGGAGGAGAGGAAGAUGGCUGGAAUUAUGGUCUUCAAAGAAUUCAGGGUGGGAUUGGCAGGAUGAUCCUGAAGGAAGAGAUGAAAGCCCGCUCUGGUUCUUAUGACAACGACCCCUGGGGCAGCACACGGAGCUCCCGCGCUGGGAGCAAGGAGACUCUGCACAAUACUAGCUACAACAACACCAUCAAUGUCUCUUCACAGGCACUCUAUCCAGCUGAAAAUGAGUAUAUAUCAAAAUCAGCAUCUUUACCAGGGUAUGGCAGAAAUGGACUACACAGGCAGCAAAAUACAGACUACUUUCAGUAUGACAGUGGCAAUGAGGUCAACUGGGGAAUCAGAGAGUACAAGGUUUACCCAUAUGAGGCUCUGAUUGUGACCACCAGGGGGCGAAAUAGGCUGCCAAAAGAUGUAGACAGAGCCAGACUGGAAAGGCAUCUCUCUCCUGAGGAGUUCUACCAGGUGUUUGGCAUGACCAUGGCCGAGUUUGACCGACUGGCACUGUGGAAGAGGAAUGAAAUGAAGAAACAGGCUAGGCUAUUCUAAAUGUUCCUGCUUCCUGUUUCCUACAUGCAGCGACAGAGACACCUGUCCAGAACCAGCCAGAAAGAUGCUACCUUUCUCUGGCCACACACUCAUAAGCCGACUGAGAAACAGCUGUGCUGCUGACCUUGUGCCAGGCACAUAUGUAGUAUUAACUGGGCCAAGAUCACUGAGUGUAGGAAAGAAAAAAAGAGAGCAACAGUCUAAAAUAAAGAGGAAAGCUAGAAGUCAUGUUAGAUUCUCGUUGCUUUAAUAGAUUUUCUCAUUUCUUAUUGACAAGAAAAGAGAAUCAAAUGUAAAAAUUUGGGAGUUUUGCCUUACAUUUUGUGUUAACUUAUGCACCAGCAGAGUGACUAGAAUGUAGACACUAUAUUAAUAAUAUAAUCUGAGAUUCUUUUUUGUUCCUCUCUUGUAUAUUACACUUGUAAACUAAUAUCUUAUUUUACUCUAUGGACCAUUUUUAGCUUACAAUGGAAACACAUAGCCGAAUAAUAAUUAAGGUUAAUGGAAACAUGCAAGCUUUUCCAUGAAAAUGAAAACCAAAGUCUCAGUACUGUGUGUGAUUUAAACAGAAAAAAACGUAGGGAUUGAGCACUACCCAUGCUAUAGAUGAUUCAGGGUAAGUCCUGGGCUUAAAUGCUGAAUGUAAUUUUUUUUUUUUUGAACAAAUACAAUUAUUUAGUAGACACAGUCUAAGGAAUGUGUUGAGCCAUCCUUAAGAGUUUUGUAAUGGUAGCAGUAGUUAUCAGUGGCUAGGUCAUUUGCUUUUAGGCAUCCUUAAGGAAUAUUCACAUUCACUAAUGAACACAAAGCAUUAAAAUACAUCAGAAGUAAACUAAGGGGUUAUGGUGCAAUGGUUUAGGUUUUCUUUAUUUCUCUGUCUGUUUAGUUACAUUUAAAUGUGUCUCUUUUUAAAAUGGGGCAUGCAACAUUUUUUGAGCAGCAAUCCGAUUUGUGGAGUUUGGGUUUAUGGCAUUAAGGUGUUGUUAUGCCGCAUUUGUUGCUAUUCAUACUACAAGCAUGAUUACCAAUUUUGGACAAUCAGAAGGCUCUCCAGGAAUGUUAUUUUACUCAAGGAUACAUCCAUUGCAACCAAUAAAAAAUUUACCUCUGUUGCACUUAAUUGGGACCUAAUAGUGGAGUCUGUAAUACCAUAGGAUCAUUGUGUGCAUUGUGUAGAUCACAUUAGAUUUGGACCUCACAAACCGUCAGAUGAAAUGUCUCUUUGUUUUACACCUUUGCUAAUGUUGGAUGUUUUUGUUUGUUUUGUUUUGGGGUUUUUUUUUGGCCACUGGAAUGUUAUAAAGUGUUAUACCAACUUAAGAGUAGUCAGUGGGAGAGUGAACAUAUUUUUGAUUCUUCCUUUUUUAAACAGUACAGCUACCUAUCUAGUUAACUUUAUUUAUUUGUCAGCAGUUUAAACAAGUUAUGUAGCUAUCUUAUAUUUAAAUAAAGCUGGUUUUCUGGUGUA